GAAUUACCAGUAGCUCUGGUUCUGCUGUCCCGGGCGCUCGCUCUUCCUCGCGCGCGCACACACACCUUUACCUGCACAGACUUGAAAGUCCAGUUUCACCAGAGAGACUGAGGCACCUGGAAAAGGGGAGAGAGUUCAUUGGAUCAAACAUGUCACAAGAGACGGACAAUAAAAACCGGCUUGUGACCAUAGUGCCAAGUGAUGCUCCGUUCAAUUCUAGAAGAGCUUAUACAAGUGAAGAUGAAGCUUGGAAAUCUUACCUGGAGAAUCCCUUAACAGCAGCUACUAAGGCUAUGAUGAGCAUAAAUGGUGACGAAGACAGUGCUGCUGCUCUGGGAUUACUGUAUGAUUAUUAUAAGGUUCCAAGAGAUAAGAGACUGUUGCCUGUUAAUAAAGUGAGUGACAGCCAAGAAGACCAAGAUAAAAGAAGCUGUCUUGUCACCAAUGAUGCUCAGAGUAACUUGAACAGCAGUGGUGAAAACAGAGUGCAGGUUUUGAAGACCACCCCUGUAAAUCUCUCAUUGAAUCCGGAGCAGCUGGAGACUUCCAAAAGGGAACAGUUCAGCACCAGCGUAUCUGGAAGCCCAACCUCAAUUUCUGUGACAGGAGUCAUGGUAGUAAAGGCAGAAGACUACCCGCUUUACAUGGCUCCAUCAGCGCAUUAUGCAAGGGGAGAAAAUGAGGAGCAUCGGGGGGUUAUAUUUGAACACGCACAUUAUGAAGUGCCCAACAUCACACCCCAUACAACGUAUAUGAAAGAUGACCAACGCAGUACUCCUGAUAGUACUUACAGUGAUACUUUCAAAGAUGGCGGCGCAGAGAAAUUUCGCAGUGGUUCUGUGGGCCCUGAGGAAUACAUUUAUGAACAAACAGCCAGCACAUUUCGAUAUACUUUGGAAGCUACCAAAUCUCUACGUCAAAAGCAAGGAGAGGGACCAAUGACCUACUUAAACAAAGGACAAUUUUAUGCCAUCACACUGAGUGAGACUGGUGACAACAAGUGUUUCAGACACCCAAUCAGCAAAGUCAGGAGUGUGAUAAUGGUUGUCUUCAGUGAAGAUAAAAACCGAGACGAACAGCUGAAGCACUGGAAAUAUUGGCAUUCCCGGCAGCACACAGCAAAGCAGAGGGUUCUUGACAUUGCUGAUUACAAAGAAAGCUUCAACACAAUUGGGAAUAUUGAAGAAAUUGCCUAUAAUGCAGUGUCUUUUACUUGGGAUGUCAAUGAAGAAGCAAAGAUUUUUAUCACUGUGAACUGCCUGAGCACAGACUUCUCUUCUCAGAAAGGUGUGAAAGGGCUUCCUUUGAUGAUCCAGAUUGACACGUACAGCUACAACAACCGCAGCAACAAGCCCAUCCACCGUGCUUUCUGCCAGAUCAAGGUUUUCUGUGACAAAGGUGCCGAGAGGAAAAUUCGAGAUGAAGAGAGGAAGCAAAACAGGAAGAAAGUGAAAGGCCAACUAUCACAACCCCCAUGCAGCAAUGCCGAUGGGAAACUAACGACCGUCCCGCUCCAGAAGAAGAGUGACAUCACCUUUUUCAAAACAAUGACUGACCUGGACUCCCAGCCUGUUCUUUUCAUACCAGAUGUUCACUUUGGGAAUCUCCAAAGGACAGGGCAGGUUUACUACAACACAGAUGAUGAGCGAGAAGGUACUAUCUUGGCUAAAAGGAUAUUCCGGCCAGUAGAGGAGGAAUUUGGCUCACCACCACUGAAGCAAAUAAAAGAAGAAGGAGCAAAAAAAGUCCUACUAUACGUGAGAAAAGAGGCUGACGAAGUGUUUGAUGCUUUGAUGUUGAAGUCCCCCACUGUAAAAGGACUCAUGGAGGCGAUUUCUGAGAAGUAUGGCCUUCCAGCUGAAAAGAUUACAAAGCUUUACAAGAAGAGUAAAAAGGGGAUCUUGGUAAACAUGGAUGAUAACAUAAUUGAACAUUAUUCCAAUGAAGACACUUUCAUCCUGAACAUAGAGAGUGUGGCAGAAGGCUUCAAAGUCACAUUGACAGAGAUCUAAUCCAGCCUAUGUAGUAUCUCACUCUCAUUUAAAAGAAGGGAACAGUUCCUCCAAAGCCCCAGCAGCUCAAGAAUACGGAGAAAAGAGGGUGUUAACGAAGCUCCAUUGCAAACAACCAUAUUCCUUUUCACCGCAGGAAACAAGUCUGAUAUACCUUCUUGUUGAUCUUUAUUUAUUGCUCCUCACUCUGCAUUGUGUAAAUAAUCAGUGGACCUUGGACUUCACCAUUUCACCCUCUACUUGGGAGAAACAGUGACUUUAAAAAAAAUCAGCAGUUUAAUAUGGAAGAAAAUGGAUUUGAGGAAUUGUGUUCAUCCAGGUGGGACAAUACAGACAAAAUAAAUUGCUAGAAGGUCUGGCCUUAUAAAUCAUGCAGAAGUAACGAUGGGGAGGCUGGCUGAUGACGUCCCCCUGGGCAAAACUCCCACCAAGUGCUGAGUGAUGCCACUUAGCCAUAGCUUUCCAAGUGCUUCCCCGCCCAAGGCAAUGGGGACUGUUAAGGAAGGCACUCGGAUGGCUUGUAAUUUGUAAGUAAAACGCCAUCCGUUUUAUCCUUUGUAUAUAAUGUUUAUAAUAUGUAAUAAUAUAUUCUUCCUUCCUGUGUGGAUGUGUUUACUUACCCCUGUCUUGCAUACUGGAAUUAGAAGAUGGCAGUCUCUCACAGAGGAGAGAAGUUCUGCCUCCAGCUCUUCAGUGUGCAGAGAGGUUGAUGGUUCUACAUCUUUUGCCUGUGGCUUAUUCAUAUAUUCUAGUCUGUUAAAUCUCUCCUUAUUGUCACAUCUGGUACAUCCUCCACAAAUGUAAUGCCUGCAAAGCUUUGGAGCUUUGGUUGUGGCUGCAAAGCUUUGGAGCUUCUGGUUGUGGCUGCACUUCCAUGCUGUAUGCAGUGAUCCUUCACGGUCUUCUUGUUGGGAUGUUAUUUAUCCUUAUUAUUUCUUUGCACCUUUGGAUUUUCUCUGUUCUUUCCUGUAUCAUUAUUGGGUACAGCCCUUCCUUUUGCUGUGUUUUAGGCAUACACAUAGAGAUAAGGGGAGGGGCUCUCCCUGAACCAGUUCAAUAGCUGUAUUACAGUGAUAGUGGUAAAGCCUUUGCUUUGCAGGCAGAAGGCUCUAAGUUCAGUCCCUGCAUGCUGAUCUUGGUAGACAAAUGGUCCGAGGGUAAAGCAUCUUCACGUGUUCAUGCGCUCUCCUACCUUGCCUACUUCUGGUAUUGACAUGAGGUUUUGGAAGAAAUGGUAUUCCCUUUUCAGUUUGCCAUGGCUCUGGAACCAAAACCAAAUUAAGCUGGAUAAAAAUGUAUGAUUAGAUUUGGGUCAGACCAGAUUUGGAUCUCUGCACAGUACAUCUGCUUUCACAUCUCUUUUUGCUUCUUAAUGAAAGUAAGCAAUUGGUCACUCAGACACAUUUGCGCAAUGUGUGGAUUUCCUUGCUUUAGGCACAUUGCCUGUGAUGCUUGAAAAUGCACUGUGUUAAUUGUUCCAAGAAAGGAACUGCAUGUGAUAGAACGGGAAUGUGACUGAUGCUGUAUGGAAAAAUGAGUUUUUCUCCAUGGUACUGAUGUAGGGAGCCGCAUGCCAAAAGUCCUGGGAAGCCAGAUUAGCAUUGGUGAUUUUUGUGUGCUUGAAAAAGUGUAGAUUGAGCCCAUGCAAAGUAACUCUUUUUGACUUUCCCCCUCCAUUCAUCUCCUCUCCUGUUACAUCCUUUCAGCAACUUCCUUCUCUAAUUCUCCCCAUUUUGCCGCACAUCCUGGUGUUUUCUUCCCAUGACGUGCACUUUCCAUGUCAAUACAUUUUCCCAGGAGUUGCGGUAGGAAUGAAAGAAUCAUCUUGUUAUGAAUGGAUCGUCCUUUUCAUUUGUUUAGGGAAACUUGCUAGUGUCUCCUGAUUGGUUACACUAGACUGUAAAUGUAAAGAUGUACAUACUCUUUACUUGACAGGGUGUAAAUGCACGUAAGUUCUGGCAAUAGAUGUUUUUGGUAUGAUUAUGUUAUUCAAGCUGUCUCAUCAGUAUCUAGCAGACUGGGGUUUUUUUAAUUGCACUUCCACAGAUGGGGCUGCUGGCAUUUGUUGCACCAACAGAAUGAAAUGAAGUUCGCAAACUCUUUACAGACCACAAUAGCAUUCCCGUAGAGGCUGCAGCAGGUACCGUGUCGUCCAUUAGCUUCCUUGCAGGUUGAGCCAAGAAAGUAAAGAAAUGUUAUGCGUUUUAUUUUUAACUUGGUUUUUCGCUCCCUUGAACUUGGAAACAUGAACUCUGAAUGUGAAAUGAAACUUGCAAAUUCUUUCUGAGCUUAACUUCAAAGAGCUGCAACCACUGCAUGGAAUUUUAAAAGGAGUAAAUGAUCUAAAAGAACUUUUUAAAAAGAUGCAUACAUUUAAGAACAUUCAAAUAGCACCACUUUGACGGGACAGUCAAAGCACAGAUGUGUGAGGGGUUUUUGUUGUUGUUGCAUGAACUAUGAGACAAACAUAUGGUGCUAUAAAGAAGAAUGUUUUUUAAAGUCAUAGAAUGUAAAAUAGCUUGACUUAGGUUUUAGGAGCUGCCAGUGCUCUAACUCUCAUAACUUCAGUGAAAAGAUUUCUGUGAGAUGUCAGAAUAUUGCAGGAGAAUCUCCAAGCCCUGAAUUACGAGGUUUCUUUAGUCAUCAUUUUAGGUCAGAAUCAUUUUUUUUCAAUAACAGUUGCCCUAAAUAUGUAACAUAUGCAAAAAAGUUAGGGACAAUAGACACCCCUUCUAUUUAUGUAUGUGCAGAAAUAUCUCUUGUGGUCAGGUAAGAUUAUAUCAGAAAUGAAUGAAAUCCUGCCCUAAAGUCAUAGCUGACUUAUGGCAACCCCUGGUGGGGUUUUCAUGGCAAGAAACUAACAGAGGUGGUUUGCCAUUGUCUGCCUCUGCAACCCUAGUCUUAGUUGGAGGCCUCCCAUCUAAUUACUAACCAAGGCUGACCCUGCUUAGCUUCUCAGAUCUGACGAGAUCAGGCUCUCCUAGGCUAUCCAGGUCAGCGUAAGACUUAUAUCUAACGUGAGUCAUAUUCCGAUUAAACCAUGUAUGAGAAUCAGUUAGGCUGGAGAAUCAAUUAGGGCCUUUUGAUGACUGACUGAGCUUUUCUGCCUUGAAGAAAUGCACAGCAGUGUGAAGGCAAGAUGUAUGUCUUUUUUACCCAUCAUGAAGUGAAGCAACAGGACAUUUUGUUGGCUGUUAAGGGCACAGGAACCUCUGUUAAGAGGAACUGGCAACCAUAAAGGAGACCAGGAGGGUCUCCAUAGAGGAGACCAGGAGGGUCUAUAACCUGUUCUUCAGCUUAGUCUUUUUGGAUAAUGGUAGUUUAAUACAGUGGUUGAGUACAUGCCAUCCCACGUGUCUCAGAAUGAUUCAGAGUAUGCUAUGGUUGAGGAUCAAGGGCUCAUGAUCCCUCAGUACACAAGUUUAUGUAGAAAGUGUUCUUUGAAAGCAAAGUACUUAAUAAAGAGUAUGAAUCCGCCUUUUGAGAGAAAGGUCUCUGUUGCUAAAACUGUGCGUGUAUUCUGAAGUCGACUGACGCCUUGCAGAGAAGGUGUAGGGAAAUGGUGUUGUGUCCAUAGAGGUUCUAUUAGUGUGUCCAGCACUUCAAAAAGAACUGUGCAUUGCUAGCACAUAUGAAAUAGAAACUUGCUAUUAAAAAAAAGCAAUGGAAGCUGAAAUAUUUAGCAAGCUGAACUCUGAGCCCUGUUGCUGAGCAUCACUGCAGAUGUUGUGCACGUCCGUCCACUGUUACAUUACAAAUGUCAGUAUUUGGCUAGAACAGUUAUUAAGGCUGGCCCUUCUUUGAGGAUUUUUUCAUUGUGUACAGCAUAUGAAUAAUGGGAUGUAGUCACAGUAAGACGAAAGGAAACUCGGAUUGGGCACAAAUAUGAUUUGGUGCUGUGCUCGUUCUUCCCACCUCCCUCCUCCCUUGAUGCAUGUAGCUCGCUGCAAGCUGGGAAAUGCGCAGUGAAACUCUGAAUAUUAGAAGAGGAGGCAGGUGGGUAGAGCAAGGACUGCAGAUGAGCACUGCAUCAAACUUUGGGGGCGGCGGGGGGGGACAUUAACUGCUGUGAAGUUUGAAUGCAGCCACGAUCUGCUUGCUAAACUCCCCCCCCCCCUUAGAUGGCUUUGGAAUAGCAGGAAUCUCUCUCAGGUUUAGCCGUUUCUUUGCCUUUUCUUUCUGCAAACAAAACAGCUGCCACUAAGUGGAAAUUACUUUGAUAAGAAUACAGAGAUUUUUUUAAAAAAAUAUUAUUAAUCAAGCUGUUUUACCAGUCAGUUUCCCUGUUUAUUUUCUUGGUGACUAAAGCUACAAGAUUAGUUCAGCAACUAGAGUUUGGUUUUCUUAUGAAAAUGAAGCUGCAAAGUUGUGGUUAUGGAUUCAGCUGGUGUUACGCCACAGAACUGGGAACAAACAGACAUGUUGCAGCUUUUUAAAAGUAUACAUGUUGAAGGUUUGCGACUUAUGUAACUUUGAUUCCCCCCCACCUUCCUCCCAAAACAUUUCUCCUGAAAAACGGUGAUGUGAUACAAACCAGAAUGUUUGUGCCAAAAAAUCUGUGAGCAGUCCCCAUCUCUGGAAAGCAAGGAAGCUCCAUAAACAGUGUGUGUUAUUUUAUUAUAAGGAAAUAGUUCAUGUAACUUAAUAGUUUUGUAAAUGGGAGAGGGGAAUCUAUAAACAUAUAAAUACAGGUUUAUUUUAUUUUUUGUACAUUUUUAAGAAGGAAAGAAAUAAAUGUUCAUAAGAUAUAAUCACCUCUGUUAGUUUCCACUGAUGUUCAACAGAUAAUUCAACUCUGCACCGAAUCUUUCAGAUGGUUGCGUGUGCUUGAAGAGCCUUUCACUUCUGGGGAUUCUUUGCUAUCUCAAAGCAUUUGCCAUCCUCAGGAGGGCACCAGCUUCCUGCUUCCUCUUGGCUUGUAUUAGCCUCAGACUUGUUUGUCUCUGAAGCAAAAAAACCCAAAUAUCCCCUCUCACACACACACACCCUCUCACACACCCCUCUGAGUUAUGGGACUGGAGACUGGGAAAGAAGGUCUGUUCUACAAUUCAUUUCCAGAAGCAAAAGCUCCCCAUUAUUUUACAGUAAAGCCGACUCUUCCCCCAGCUUUGUCAUUUCACCCCUUCUCUUUCACAGCUGGUCCUGGAGACAGAUGUGUUUGGGGUAGCAGCACUGCAUUACAGAUGUGUACAUUUCAACAAGGCAUCAGUAAAUACUCCUGCCCUUUAGUGAAAUGGUUGGAUUGGGUAAGGCAACAGGGAUAGGGCCAUUGGCUCAGGUCCUGAACGCGUAUUCGACAUGCAGAAGGUCCUGGAUUCAGUUCCUGGCAUGUCCAGUCAAAAGAAUCAGGUAAUAGGUAUUGUGAAGGGACUCUCUGCCCCAAUACACACACACCCCUGAGAGCCUGGAGAGCCACUACCAGUCUGAGUAGACAGUGUACUGGCCCUGAUAAGUCAGUGAUCUGACCCCGUGUUUGCAUGCGUGGUCAACAGGAAAGGUGGAAGGGCAGGCAUUUAGCUUGUCUCUCCUGGAAUCUGCAUAUUUGGGAAAUGGAUGCAUGGUCCACUAUUUGCUCUUGCAAUCCUGAGUUGUGAUCAAGCUGCUGUGGUAGUGCUUCUUUCUAAUCCUCUGUGCAAUCAACUGGGUCACAUGAUGCAGGCCUGAGCCAGCUGUUUUUUUUGGGGGGGGGAGGCACAAAACAGCACAAAUCCUUAACAGGAUAUGAUUAGAGUUACUGCAUUUCUUUAAAAUAUCGAUCCACAUAAUAACAUUAAAAAUUAGUGUUCAAAUUCGUGUUCCUUAUUCCAGUGCUUUUGUGCUCAUGGGCCAGAACUGUUGGAGAAGAUUUAUUCCUUAUUGAGCAACUGGAUAGCAUUUUUUUUCUUUAGAACUUCCCAGGUGAAAGGACUAGAGGCUUACUUUAAAAAAACCCAGCUGGACAUAGCAAAGGAGGUCUGUCCCCUGCUGGCGCUCGUUCCCCUCACCCAGUGAGUUCAUGAGAGUUGAACUGGGGAUUUCCGCUAAUGUUUUUUACAGCGAUGCUAUACCGGCUCAAAAAUUCACCACAACCAAGACCCUGAAAUGUUUGUGGUUGAAGUGAAUGUUCAGCCUUAAAAGAACUGCUAACUCACCUCCUGGUGAGGACGCAGUUCUUCAUAUGCUACUUUUCUCACACUGGGUCAAGUUGGAAAGAAUAAAAAACAGUUGUUUUCGAUGAUGGUUUUCCACCAGCAGAAAAGCACUUCCUCAUGCAGAAGGGGGAGGAUUUUUCCUGAUUCCCCGA